UUUGAAUGAAUCAUGAAUGAAUGACAAUUAAUGAAAAGAUAGUUCACCCAAAAACUACUGAUGUAAUUCCAAACCUGUAUGAUUUUCUUAUACCGUGGAGCACAAAAGAAGAUAAUGGAAAAAAGAAAAAUGUCUAUAGAAUUAAAGUUAAUGGGCUCCAGUGUUGUUUGAACCCUAACUUUCUUUGAAAUACAUUCACUUAUGUUUUGCAGAACAAAGAAAUGUAUACAUGUUUGGAAUGACAUGAAAGUGAUUAUGACAAAAUGUUCAUUUUUGGGUGAACUUGUUAAGGUCAUUGUCCAAAAUGACUAAAAUACAUGGCAUGAAUAAGUAUUUCCAAAGGAGAGGUUAAGAGAAGUGUUUGUUUAUUCAAAAUAUUAACCAGCAUAUGGAACUUAAUCUGAAAAUGUAAACAUUAUCACCUUUCUUUUUUGUAUUAACGCUAUGGUUUUGCUGUAUUAGUGAGCGUUAUGCUGUUUUAAUUUACAUUAGGUGACUUAGUAUUAUUGGAGAGAGAUGUUUGUAGUUCGUAUCAGUCAAUGUGUGAUUUUACCUUUUACCUUUGUACGGAACCGUAAGGGUGAGAGAGAGAGAGAGAGAGAGAGAGAGAGAGUGGGGGUGGGGUGGUGGUGAUGUGAGAGUUGUAACGGCUCCGCUCGCGCUUCAAUGUUGCGGGCAGCGUGGAAUCAGAGCGCGCGAGCGUAUGGGAGGAGAGCGUGCACGAAUAAGCUAUUGGGGUUCCCAAAUAACGGGAACAGGCAGACAGACCAAAACACGCAGGCGGAUGGACGGAAAUAUAGGCAAGUGUUCUUAAAAACCAGCGACAUAACGAGAUCUUUUCCCCUGAUGUUUUCGUGCUUUAUUUAUUUGUUUGCCUUAUUUAGUCAUGUAUCGAUUGAUUGCGUUUUAAUUACUGGCGUGUGACAAGGUGCGUGGGAGGAGGGGCGAAUCCGGCUAACACGUUGAGUUGCCUUAUUUUUCUAUAGAUUUUUAAUUUAAACGAGCAAAAUAAGCAGACGAUUUUAACCACGUUUAGUGACUUUGUGUAAAUGAACGUGUAGCCUGUAGCUGCUAAAACAAGGAAGAGAGCUAUAGAAGAGCUAGACCAAAUAAAUUCACCAAAAAUGCACCACAUAUCCAAGUAAUAACAACAUCCGCUGUCUUUUAUACGUUAUACAGUCAGGGUGUGAAAUCGUUUUUUCUUUAUUAGAACAAAUGCAGAAACGUCAGUUUAUUUUACAAGCAGAUAACCAAAGUUAAAGCGACUGCAACCCAGGGGCGAAGCAGCAGGCCAGCUGAACAUACAGUGGUCAGUGUCGACAAGGACAGAAACACUACAGUUCACAACGGGAGAAUCGAAAUAUGCAGUUAUAAAUGUUCGCAAACAGUAGUAAUUAGCCUAUAUGCCUUUGAGUGACAGAUACAUAUAUGUUCGGCAAGCAGAUCGAACAGUUAUACCAAAUACUGUAGCUUAAUACCAAAACGAAUAGACAAACGUGAAGUGAUAGUGAAAUAACCCACGUUUGUCUUGUUUCAAUCCGUCUAUCCGCCUGUGUGCGCGCGCUGGGAAAAUACAGUCGGGCUGCGCGCGUCUGCGUAUCUAUGCAUAUAGAUCAAAAGUAAACUACAAGCGAUAAACGCUAAUAUUAUGAAUAAACAGUUUUAUGUCAGAAACGCCUGGAUCACAGACGGAACCCAAUGAUUUAAGUGAGAAAAAGCCUAUCUUGCCACAACAGCUAAAAUUGCAAAGAAAAAUCAAAAGCAAAAAGAACAUCUGAUAAGAACCAGACAAGAAGACGGAUCAUGUUUGUUCCUUUGCCGGUGCCGUUUGUCUUGCCGAGAACUGCCUCUGAUCUCCACGCCUGGCGCCUCAAGUCCCCGCUGGCUCUCCGCUCUCACUCCGAUAUCAGAAUGUCAAAGCCAGUAGAGGUUGAGAAUCCAGCGGCAGACUCUCCGAUGGAGAGCACAGACUCUGAAAGAAAUGGCUCAGAUUCAAAUAAUCAGGUUCAGCCGAUGAAAAUCAACCCUUUCUCCCUUUCACCCACACUGAGUAGCAGCACCAAGGCUAAGGUGGAGGACUGUGGUGAGAUGUCUCCUGCUGCACCUGCUCAGACGGCCCUUCCACACACACAGCUGAUGCUAACGGGUGGCCAGCUCGCAGGGUUGACUGCACUUUUGCCUGCACAGCAACAGCUGCUCUUACAGCAGGCGCAGCUCCUCGCUGCAGCUGUGCAGCAGUCGCAUGUGGCCCACGCAGCUAAUCAACAGCAAGCCCAGCAGCAGGCCAGUCAGCAGGCAGCUCAGCAGCAGUCACAGGGCCAAUCGCAGAGCACACAAGAACAAACCGCCACCCCUGUCCCGCCUCCUCCUCACCAGCUCCCUCUUUCUCAGCCAAUCCAGCUCACUGCCCAGGACAUUCAGCAGUUGUUACAGCUGCAGCAGUUAGUCCUUGUUCCAGGACACACUCUGCCUUCACCCGCACAGUUUCUUUUACCACAAACGCAGCAAGGGCAGCAAGGGCUGCUGUCAACACCAAAUCUAAUUCCACUACCUCAGCAAAACCAAGGAAGCCUGCUGGCCGCUCCACCCAGACUUAGUCUUCAAGCACAGAGAGAGAAGGUUGCAGAGAGCAACGUGACCACAGUGACGCCAGUGACCUCUCACCCCGAGGAGCCCAGUGACCUGGAGGAACUGGAGCAAUUUGCCCGCACAUUCAAGCAGAGAAGGAUCAAAUUGGGCUUCACACAGGGUGAUGUGGGAUUGGCCAUGGGGAAACUCUAUGGGAAUGAUUUCAGUCAGACCACCAUCUCUCGAUUUGAAGCGCUCAAUCUCAGCUUCAAGAACAUGUGCAAACUCAAACCUCUGUUGGAGAAGUGGCUGACUGAUGCAGAAACAAUGUCGAUGGACAGCACCUUGCCGAGUCCCAGUGCUCUUUCCUCUCCCUCUCUGGGGUUUGAGGGCCUGCCUGGCCGCCGCAGGAAGAAACGCACCAGCAUUGAGACCAAUGUCCGCGUCGCUCUGGAACGCAGCUUCAUCACGAACCAGAAGCCUACCUCAGAGGAGAUCCUGCUCAUCGCUGAGAAACUCAACAUGGAGAAGGAGGUGAUCCGCGUCUGGUUCUGCAACCGCCGACAGAAAGAGAAACGUAUUAACCCCUCCAGUGCCACCCCUCCCUUGCCCAGCCAACCCCAGCCCACCUCGCACAAACCCCCCUGCUACAGCCCGCACAUGAUGCCCAGUCAGGGACCAUCCCAGACAUUGAGCAGUCUUAGUACAGCAGUGACCACCAUGUCAUCAGUUUGCCCUCUGACCUCAAGUGGGCCCUCCUUAAGCUCCGCCUCAUCACCCGUAACCCCGCCUCCACGUGCUGAUGCCAGCCCCGCCCCUCCGACUCACAGUACACUAAGUCUGAACACAGGUUUAUGGCAUAAAAAGAAUGGUGACGUUUCUAACUACAUCACUGACUUUGCUGCAAGUUUGAGGAAUACGGUGAGGGGAGUUAACACAGGAAUAAACCAAGCUCUCCUUGGCAGCAACCCACUUGCUACUAUUCAAGCUCUAGCGGCCAGUGGUGGCCAGCUGCCCAUUUCCAGUCUUGAGGGCAGCAGCAAGGUGUUAAUUGGUGGUUCUGGGGCCCAAGGAGCAGGUCUUACCUCUUCCCUCUUCCUCAACCACUCCUCUUUGAUGCCCAUGGCAACAGGCCCCGGCAUGGGAUUGGGCGGUUCAGCUGUUGGCAAAACCUCAUUUCCUGUCGCAGGCGGCAUGAGUCCCUCCCCUUGCUCGAGCCCCGUCUCUUCCUGCUCUUCCGGCGAAUUGCUACACAGCCCACACUCGAUUGGAGGGGCUAAAAUCGAGUGAUGUUGCCCAAGUCCAAUCACAAAAGGAGGAGAAGGAGGAGGUGAAACCUUACCUGUCAACCAAAGCAUCUCUUGAUCCCCUCGCUCCCUUUCAUUUCCUCUCGUUCAUACUCUCUCUCUUCCGCUCUCCCGCUCUACUGAUGCCAAAAAUACACAGAGUAGAAGAGGGGAGAGAUGGAGAGACAGCGUGGAAGGAGGAAGAAAGAGGAGAAGAGGGAAAAUGAAACCAAAAAAACACCACAAGGCUUAGCGGGACGCAGCCAAAUACGUAAAUAAAAGAAGAAAAAACUAUGUGAGUAGUGGACAAAAAGAGAUCCUUGAGCACCAAAAACAACAAACUUUACUGUGUUGUAGAACAAUGGCAUCUCUUUGAAGAAAACGUGGAAUACUGAAUACCAAAGUAUAAAGGAACUUUGAGAGACUCACUAUGACAAAAAAAUACAAGCAUACCAAAAUCUCAAAUACCAAAAACAAACACCAAAAAAUACGGAUGGAAAAGCUUUAUCCAAAGGACAUGUAAAUAGCCAACCAUCCAGGACCAGACCCAGUGACAACAAUCCAGCCAUCUCUGAGCUCAUCAUCUCAUUUGCCUUGCAAUCAUACCGUUUUCUUUCACGGUUUCUAUAAUUCACUGUUUCAGCGUAAAAUAUAAGCGAGCCAGGCUCAAACGCUCGUGUUUCACUUGUUCUGCCUCAUUCUUGUUUAUGUUUUUCACAGAAGUAGCAGAUUUUCCAUCAGCCUUCAUUAAAUGUUUCCAUACAUGUGA